GCUUCCAUUCACUCCUCCUCGCUUUGACAGAAUGUUUGGGUAAACCCCUUGCGUCAUUGAACGGUGAACGAUGGUCCCGACCGGUUCACCGGUUAUUGGAAUGACGAGAGUCCCAUGCACGAAUGUCUCCCUCACGUUCAUACAACCGGAGAGACUGAUUGAAUUGCUGGGUCUGAAACACGGGUAUAAAGGUAGGGCAAUUAAGAUCACUAUCUAUCACCCAACCUUUAUCAUCUCUGUAUCAUCCACUAUGUCUUAUCCUGAAGCUGGCAUCUAUCUCAUCCAAAGUUCUAGCAAGCCGGAUAUUUACGCCAGCGUCCACCACGGUGGACAAAAUGUACUUCGUGGAGAGUCCUUCGAUACCGACAAGUACUACCAAAGGUGGCGCCUGGACUAUGUUGCUGGUAACCAAGACCGCCCUCAAGUAUUCUGCGCUCUCACCAAGGUAAAUGGUGAAGGCGGAUUGGGCGUGAAUUCCAUCUACACCAAUCAAGCUGUCUACUCUCUCAAUAACCCGCAGUCCUGGUUCCUCAGCCAGACUGACGAAGGCUACCUGAUCGGCCAGAUAUCCGAUGAUGUUACAUACACUUGGACCCACCACAACAAAGGCGAUCCAAUCACAAUCGUAGCCGACGGCUCCCAGAGCUGGCAAUUCGUGCCGGAAAACUAAGCACUGGGAUGCAGAUGUUCGCGUCAUGUACCAUUUUAGUUUCUGAAAUUUGAUAGUUGUUGUACCAUCAGUUU